AACUUUUUUUCCUUUUUAAAUUCUCAAUUAGGUAAUUUGUUCGAACUUUUUUUUUUUCCCUUUUAAUUAAGUGUUAUUUUUGGAGGGUAUGCCAUGUAUUCAAGGUAUAUUAAGAAAAUAUUGAUUGAAUGAGAUAAACUUUUUUAUGAACCAAUAUUACAAAAAUAAAAUAAGACAAGUAAGACAACGAUGAGACAUGGCCCAUGGGAUGAAUUAAAUUAGACCCAUUUUAUAGGGUUUUUUUGGGGGGUAAGAAAAGCCAAAACUAGGUGUUUUUAAAAUAUUUCAAGACAGAGCAUUUAGUUUUUGUUUUCUUUAUUGAAAAGCACCUAUUAAUUUUAAAGUUUAUAAUUGUCAUAAAAUUAUAUUAUCAUGAAAUUAUCAAACUAUUUAAUGUAAGGUUUUAUCAAACUAUAACAACUAACAUAGUUAUAGUUUUAAAAUUAGAAAUGUUAAAUUCUAAUUUUUUUUUAAAGUAUACUCACCAAUAUUUCGAUUUAAUGAUGAUUUUUUUAGAGACUCUUAUUUUUUUUAAUAGAAAAAAAAAGUGACUUAUGAUAAAUUUUAAAAAAUAGUGGAAAGAAGGGGAGAGAGAUAUAAAUAGAAGUUGAAGGCAGUUUUGAUGGGAUGCCACUUUCCUUUUGACUUGCAACAACGUGAACCCCACAAAGGUUUCUUCUAAUUUUUCCUUAACAAAUCUCUCCUUCUCCUUCAUAUGUAUAUCUCUCUCCUUUUGUUACAAAAAUGACCUAACAAUCCAAAUUUCUUCAACAACACUCUUUAACUAAAAUCAUUUAAGGCAUGAAAGUGGAAGUUGGCCUAGUUUCCUUCAAAUCCAAGCUUUCAAAGCCAUGUUCAAAGCUCCUUCAUCUCUUCAAAUUCCCAAUGAAGAAGCCCUUCUCCAUCAAAUCAUUUUGGGCUCGACGCAGCUCCAGAGCCAUAUCCAAGCCUCGACGAAAGACUUGGUCCUGGCUCCGGUGGCUACGAAGAGUAGGGAAGAUGGAAAGAGUAAGAGAGUUGAAAUCAAGUGAAAGCGUAGGCUCAGACAAUGAAUCUAGAGAAAAGCUGCUAUUUCCAUCUCCGUUGAUUAGGAGACGAACGAAGGUGGCAGCAUCGUGGGAGGAGAGGGAGGAGGUGGAAGAUGCUUGUAGGAGCUUUGAGAACUAUCUUGUGGAAAUGAUAAUCGAAGAAGGGAAAGUGAGGGAUUUGAUGGAUGUGGAAGAGCUUUUGUAUUGUUGGAGGAAGUUGAAGUGCCCUGUUUUUGUUGAUUUGGUGUCUAGAUUUUAUGGAGAGCUUUGUAAGGACUUAUUCUCUUCCCAUAAUCAAGCUUUUACUCCAAACUUUCAACACAAGUAAAUUAAUUAAUAAUUUGUAGUUUUUUGUUUUUUUUUUUUUUAACUUUUGUAAUGUGUUUGAGGUUUUAAUUGGUUAUGUGUUCUAUUUCUUUCUUUAGUACAUUUUAUUAGAUUCAUUACGCUCUCUGUACUUUUGUCUCCUCCAAGGUUAAGAAAGAUGUGGAUGAAUAAAUAACCAUGUACUUUUCACUAUUAUCGUUGUUAUUAUUAUUGAUUAGUGGAAUAAAAAACUAAUAAUUAAUACUUUCUUUU